GUCUCCAGCUCUGCCUGAGGCAUUCUCCAACAACGGUGCUGCGGGAACCAGGGAACCGGCGGAGAAACCCUUUGGCUGAGCUCACCGAGGAAGGCUCCAUCCAGCCUUCAGGAGGGAUGGCCAACCUCAGCCUCUCCAGCUUCGACAGGCCCAGAGCCCUUCUCCCGUGGCCCUUGGGCAGCAAAGAGGGGGCUGCUGCCACUUUUGCCUCCCAAAUACAGCAGCCCUUCUAUCACCUGGGACAAUGGGGUCUCCUGGCUCCACAGAGGACAAAGCCUUCUCGGCGAGUAGCGGAUUUCUCCAUCCGCUCCAUCCUGGCCCUGGACGGUUCUGAAGGGGAACGAGAGAGCCAUGAAGAGCCAGCCGGAGGCACCAUGGAGUGGGGUGGCUCCCCUCAGGGCUACACCUGGGUCCGCUGUACCCGCUUCAAGCCCCUUUCCGUUCCAAAGAUGAAGCAGGUGGGCUGCAGCCCCCAGCUGGCCUCCCGCAGCCCCCGAGUGCCCUUCUCUGCGACUCAGCUGGGAACCCUGGAGAACAGCUUUCAACAAGCACGCUAUCUUAGUACCGAGCAGGUGAGGGAGGUGGCUCUGCUGCUGGGGCUCACGGAGAACCGGGUGAAAAUUUGGUUCCAAAACCGGAGAGCCCGGGAAAGGCGAGACUUCCUGAAACAGAACACCAGCAGCAGCACCAGCAGCACCAGCAUGAAGGGGAACCCACCGCAGGGCCAAUCCACCUUAGGAUGGCGCUCAUACUAGGGGGAGGAAAGCCAGAAGGGGAGAGACUGCACCUGUGAUCCAUCAGAUUGCACCCCGAGACUCCCCUGGCACGACUUGUCAAAUUUCAUCUUGCCUCAGGCACCACCACCAGCCUGCCAGGAUCUGCUCCGUCUCCUCCUGCCUCAUUGCAUCCAUGGCCCAGUCCAGGCAUCAGCAUUUCUGCAAUAAAAAGUUGGCAACUA